UGCAAGCGCUUGACCCGUUUUUAUGGCACCAUAUAAAGUAACACGCGACACGCAAUUACUUUUUGAAUCUUGUUCGGUGCACAAAAGUGAUGAAACGUGGCUCAGUGACAAACAAAUUCCCGCUCGAAUUUAUUGAUUGCAAUCUUCCGUGUUUUACCUGCCAAUGUUAUCGGCGCAGUUUUGCUGCUGUUAACACCUAACGGUGUCCAUUCGGAUCGAUUGGUUGGUCAAGGAAAACAAAAAACGUGAUAACCAUCGUUACUAAUAGCAUAUACAAGUGGGCGUCGAGAACUAGAUUGCGGUUCCAGUUGGAUGUGGUAUGCGUAGAUCGUGCCUGUACUUGAACUGAAUCAUCGAUGUGCCGUGUCCGUGGUCGCCAGUGAUGCGCGAUGUAACGAUGAAGCUGCUGGCCAGCCCUAAAGACCAUGGCGUCUGUUGUUGCGUCAAGCUGUUGCUACUUUUCUUCGUUGCAUCGGUCACGUUGCACUGCUGCCCAGUGGACUGGGCCAGCGCUGCUUCGAUCCCAUCCACGUCAGCCGGUUUCGGUCGAGUGAUCAGAACUAAAUACGGAAACUUGCGUGGAUUGACGCUGUACGGCAGUUCCACCCAACCACUGACGACGACAACUACCACGCCAGCGAGUCAUCGUAAGUUCAUCAAUGCCGGUGCAAGCAAGAAAACGGUGGAGGCCUUUCUGGGAAUUCCAUACGCCGCUGCGCCCGUUGGUCCGUUGCGUUACUUGCCACCAGCCAGUCCAGGUCCUUGGCAGGGCAUUCGCCCAGCCAAUACACUACCCCCAGCUUGUCCUCAACAGCUGCCUCCUUUGGCUAACAGAACUGCCAGUUUGGAGACGAUGCCCCGAGCUCGCUACUACCAACUGAAAAGGAUGCAACUGAUGUUGGCCAAUCAAAGUGAAGACUGUCUCUAUCUCAACGUCUACGCUCCUUCCGAAGGAUUUGUUGGAGGUGGAACGACGACGCCAGCAUCGUUGGCCGUCAUGGUGCUCAUUCACGGCGAGUCCUACACUUGGGGUGCCGGGCACUUGAUGGAUGGCGCAACAUUGGCAGCCAAAAGUCGUAUGGUUGUCGUCACCCUCAACUACCGUCUCGGCAUUCUAGGAUUCCUGCAGACGGCAGCUAGUCCAACGCCGGGCCAUGUGCGUGGCAAAAGUAAAAGUGCCAUUCCGACGCAGGGCAAUUACGGCUUAUUGGAUAUCAUGGCGGCUCUGCUGUGGUCAAAGGACAAUAUUGGCGUUUUCGGUGGCGAUGCCGGCCGUGUCACGUUAAGUGGCCAUGGAACGGGCGCCGCUCUCGUCAAUCUUCUCAUGAUCUCGCCAAUAGCAGCCGGACUGUUCCAGCGGGUUGUGCUCAUGUCCGGCUCGGCGUUGAGUCCGUGGGCUCUGAACCACCAGGCGGGCAAGUUGAAAGCAGAAGUGGCGCGUCAGAUGGGCUGCGAACCGUUCACGAAAUCACAAGGAAGUCUUGAACAGAUGAGUCUGGCCGAUAUUGGCGAUUGCCUUCGAAAGGUAUCGCUCGAUUCUCUGAUGGCCGUUCGUCUUGCCGAGACUCCGCGAUUUUGUCCAACCUUCGCGCCGUUCAUAGAUGGCGCUGGCAUCGUCGCCGUCGAUCCUCUUCACGCCAUGCAAUCGUCCAGCGAGGAUUUCGCACGCAUUCCGCUCAUCGCUGGAGUGACCUCUGUCGAAAGCUAUCGCUAUACUGGCGAUGCUGAUCUGCGGAACGGCAUAACGGAAGACAAAAGGGACCGGACAUUGCGGACUUUAAUCCGCAAUUUUUAUCAGUAUCAUCUCAACGAAAUCUUUUACGUCUUACGCAACGAGUACACGGAUUGGGAUCGUCCUUUGGCCCUGGAUGACUUGUCGAUGCGGGACAGUCUUUCGUUGGCGCUGAGUGACGGACUUGUGGUUGCGCCGUUGAUGCACGUCGUUCACCUGCACGCCCAGCGAUCGACCAACCCUUCGGGCACCUUCUUCUACCAUUACCAAGGGCAGAUUGGAACCAUCCAGCCCGUCCUUCACGAUCAGCAGCAAGAUGUUGACCAAUCAGAAUAUCACCGUCUAGGAAGCGUCACGGGAGACGAACUGGAAGCUUUGCAAUUGGACGCCACAGUUAGCGGAGCUUCAGGGUUUCUAACCGAUUCUAAUGGUAACGAGGCAGCAAGCCACAUCGUCACUAACGCGACAGAGGCCGUUAAGGAACCCAAGACAUGGUCGUCCCAACUUCUCCCGUUUCUGGCGGCCUUCGCCAGCACUGGCGAUCCUAAUUUGGAGAUCGGGAGCAAAGGCGAACUGAUGCCGCGAUCUAAACUCCGUUGGGAGCCAUUCAACCUGCGUUCGCAGUACUACAUGGUAUUUGGAAUGCAACAGCAACAACAACACGCCCAACUGAAAACCCAUUACCGAGGACAUCCCAUUGCUGUUUGGCUGCAACUGAUCCCGCAGUUGCACCAACCAAACGACAACACCAACGCUGAAAUGUCUCCUAAUCAUCACUCGUUCGAGCAGCAUAACACUCCAGCUGAUCAAUUCUACGACGGAGCCGUCCGGUUAGUUAACAAUGAUACGUCAAUCAAUCGUUGGCCGGAAUCGACGCCACCACCAAACUCCGAGCCAGGCACAAGUGCAACGAUCGUCGAGUGCAACACUUCGGCCAGCAGCUUCCAGCGCACCGUUCAAAACAAGACCAUCAACAAGACGUCAUCAGUUGGAGGAGAAUGGGCGUUGGUGAAUCCGAGUGUAAUGGCGUCGGAGACGGGCUCCACGCCGACGGUGUCGGCGCCAGUGAACAACAUCAACAACGUGACGACGGUCAGCGUCGGAAGUGAAAGUCGGCUCAUUUUUGGCUUCUGGACCAAUCAAGCGACGCUGAGCAUCAUCCUGGUGUUGGGCAACAUUCUGCUCAUUGUCAACCUCAUUUUGUUCGUGACCAUCUAUCGACGCGCUCGAUGCGGCCAAUGCAAACGAGGCGGCGGGGACGAUAACAGCGACGAAGUGAACAGCAUCCAAAGAAUGUCGGACGGCCAACUCGAGAGCAGAGGGGCGACAGAAUCGACCGAGUCCAUGACGGAUCUGCGUCAAUUGGUCAUCAGCCAUUGCCAACAGCAUCCGCGUAGUCAUCCGGACAUCACGUCACAAACCAUUUUGCCACAUCAAGCACCGCUGCGGCCGCCAUUGUCUCUCGCCAGUAACGUCGUCUCCGACAUGACGACCAACGUACGAGUUCCGUCCCCUCCGCCGUUUUCCAUCAAAGCUCCUCCGCCCGAUCACCAGUUUUUGAGCCAGGGGAACAAUCGAAGCGCUACGUUGCCGUGCAACAGAAAAUCAAUUGAAAAACGAUCGUUAGAUUCGUCUGCAAUUCAUCGUCAGGCCACAACUGCCAGAUCAGUCGAAGAAAUUAAUGUGUAAAUAUGUUUGGGGUGGGAAGGGUGUUUAAUUUGUCUAAUUUCUAAUUGCAACCGAAACUGGUUUGUUGUUUCAUUCAAUUUUUAUGGUUUAAAUGCCACAAAGACGUAAUUGAGGACGGGUCGAUUGUUAAGCUUCAGUGUCCAUUAAAAACAUGUGAUAUAACCCAUCAAUCUGUGAAAAUGUUGUACGUCUCUCUGAAUAGUUGUGUGUACAAUUGAUCUCCGAUAAAAUUUGAAUAUAGUUCACUUUAAUCGAAACACAAAUCUAUAACAGAUUCGAAUAAAACAAAAGGGAAGCGCAUCAGU